GUGGCCGCAGGCACGUUGCCCGCAGUCGGCGUCGUCGUCCAGGAGAAGCAGCCAGCGGCAGCAAGGGCAGUGGUCACAGCAUUCGACGACGUUGUCUGGCGCACCGCAUCCUCGUCCACGCUCCUUGGCCAGUGGCUCGUCCUCUAUGGUCAGAGAGGUCCAGAUCCCUGCUGGGCCCCGACCAGCAACACAGUCACGCCCGUCUGUGCGAUCGACCAAUGAGCAGACCGCCAACAGGAUCUCUGCAGCUCCGAGCGACAACAACGACCCAAUGCUCCAUGCAUCAUCCUCCAAUAACCACUCCCUCUUCUCCUUUGGUCGGAAUGGGGCCCCUGCUCAGUCGAGCAAUCAGCCAUCCUCCUUCGACUUCCUGCCGUCUGUGAGCUUCGAUGACCUCCAGAGCAGUCUCGAGUCCGCCUCAACCGAGUUCAGGUUGACGCAGUUUCCUUCGCCCACCGGCCACGGCAGCAUCAUCCCCGACGACCGGCCCUCUGGCUCCACGAUGGCUUCUCAGCAUCCUUCCGCCACCCACACUGGUGGUAGCAGCAACACCACUCGGAUUGCCAUCCAUCAGAAGCCACCAGCAGACCAGCCCACGCGUCCCGGCCGGUCGGGUUCGAUCCUGCGGCGACCAAGCACUUCGAGUAGGCAGGUCAGCGUGGGCUCAAACAUCUCAACGUCCUCCUCCUUCGGCAACAUGGAUCCCCCAAUCAUGCCGGCCUCGUCGAUGCGUUCAAGGCGCCAGAGCCACUACCCACCGGUAUCUAGCUCCAAUAUUGUCAAGCCACCGAGGAAAUCCAUAGGGCCGGGCGUUCUCGAGACAGAAUAUAGGAUGGCGCAGAAGCGGCGACCCAGCCUGAUCUCCAACGCCUCAGAUGCUCCCAUGGACAAUCCGCGCAUCUCCCUUGACAGCUACACGAGCAGCCAUGGAAGUGACCAUUCGAGAACACUGUCAAGUUCAUCAAGGACUGCCAAGGCCCGGUCGGUACAGCCGCCCGCACGUCUCUCGACUGCCAACUUUGCAGAACCAACGGCAACCAGCAUCAACAAGUCCCUCACUCCGACAGGAAAUCGCACCUCGACGGCAUUUCCGAGGUCGCCGCGAAACAACACAAAGGUUAGCACACCCGGAUCUGGUCGCAGAGCUUCCGUGAUGCCGAAUGCACAUGGCACCCACGCUACUGGACUUGGAGCAAGGACAAUCUCGCCUACAGAAGUGAAGAGGAUGAAAAGGAUCUCAACCCACCCCGGGCAAAGCAUACCACAAGUGGCCAGUAUUCCUCCGCAACAAGUCGCCGAGCUGCGAGGCACAUCGCGAUCCCCAUCUCUGAUUCCGCGAAAGUCGUCUACGCCAUCGAGCUCGCGGACAACACCAGAUGUCAGCAACCGCAAGUCAUACAGUUCUGGCUUGUCCAUGGGUUCUGCCGCAAGUAUCAACACGCAGAGGACGUCGACAGGGUCUGUUAACAGGGGAAUCCCGGCUUCCGGUUCAGCAUCGCGCCUACCUGCGCCGAAAACCCUCGUGUCCCAUUCACAACCAAGCGGCGAAACAGACGAAGAUGUGCCUCCAGUGCCAGCAAUCCCGAAAGCCUAUGAGUCACCCAAAGCGUCACCGGGCGAAGCCUCGUUUGGAACUGACGUGAGGAAAUCGGGAUUCCCAUUUGAUACAAGCAGUGUCCAUAGUAGCUCGACCCGCACUACCCCUAACCCUUCUGUAGUCGAAUCUACUUCUUCGCUGCAGCCCUCUGCAGCGGCGACAGCACGCAAGCCAAGCAUACAAGGCCGGGCCGCGCAGAAGUCCACGCUUGCGGCCUCGUCCGAUCAAGAUGAUAAGCCUAGCACGCCACAGGCAAGGAAGAGCCUGCAGCCGCUCGCUCUGCCUCCUCUGACACUUGGCCCCCUCAGCACUCCUACAGCCGCCAAGAUUGCGGCUCUGCACGAGCAGCCAGAUGGCAAGGCAGGUUGGCCGCGAUCGCCCACUCUGCGCGCAGUGGCAAAGACCCCCACCACACCCAUGACGGCUUCGAAGAGCACAUUCUUCUCUAGCCGCCGCAUGGAUUUUGAUCUGAAGGUCGAGUCGGAAGAGCAACGCAGCAGCUCAAUGCUUGGAGGGAAUCACCUGGACAGCCCCAGUGGUCCUAGUGGUGAGGACACGACCAGCUACUACGACUCCUUGGACGACAAAGAUUCGAUCAGGAAGGUGACUGUGUCACCAUUCCUCUCGUCUUCUGCACCCAAGAGUAAUGGCGAGCUCUUCGCAAGCCACAUGCAAAGAAGAGAUUUCUCAAAUGCAGCGAACCAGACCAUCGCCAUCGACACCACGUCGGCAGGUUUGAGGCCGCAGCAGAAGCCCACUGGCCCUCGUGAUCUUAAACCACCAACGAAGACAACAGACGAGCCGGCACCGCCAGUACAGCCGUCCAAGACCCCGGAGGAGCCCCCGACACCAUCUUCGAUGAGUUCGUUGCGGAGAAAGCUCAGUCUCUCAUGGAAGCGAAGUGCCUCGAAGAGCAGUAUGCAUGUUCCGGCAGGCUCUAUCGACAAGUCUGCCAACCAAGGUAUAAGGCAAGAGAGCAUGCCGCCGCCUAGAAUACCGGUCUCGGCGACCAUGCACUUGAGCACCAUGAAGAGUGGCAGCCCAAGCCACGCGAGCAAGUCAUCAAUCAGCUACCUGGAUUCAAGGCGCAGGAAGAGCUCGACCACAAGCCUGAAGAAUGCGCUAUCGAAAAAUGACGGCACCACUCACGUGAGCACCGAGACGGCCGUGUCAGGGCUGCGCACAUCAAGCAUGCAACGUCUUCUGCGACCCCGUGGCUCCGCUGCAUCGGUCAAGCAGCAACAACAGCUAUACUCUGCCAACGAUAUGGACAAGGACGAUCACGUAGCCGAAGAGGAAAUGAGAAAGUUGGCAUUGCGACGCAAGGAGACGGAGCUUGCAGCCAGGACACUCGAUGCGCUGCGGAAACGUGCUACGCCCAAGGAACGCGUUGGGCCACAGGAGGCAAUUAGAAUUGCCAUGCUGAACAUAUAUGAACGAGGAGAAAUCAUCGACUACCCUGACAUCUACUUUUGCGGCACGCAGAACGCCAGCAAGGUACAAGGAGACCUCAAUUCGAGUGUUCCCAACUUUGGGUACGAUGACGACCGCGGCGACUAUACAAUUGUCGUCGGUGAUCACUUGUCGUUCCGCUACGAAGUUGUGGACGUUCUUGGCAAGGGAAGUUUCGGACAAGUCGUAAGAUGCAUCGACCACAAGACCGGCGCGCUCGUCGCCGUCAAGAUCAUCCGCAAUAAAAAGCGGUUCCACCAGCAGGCCCUCGUCGAGGUCGAUAUUCUGCAGAAGCUGCGCGAAUGGGACCCCAAGAACCGUCACAGUAUGGUCAACUUUACCCAAAGCUUCUAUUUCCGUGGCCAUCUCUGCAUCUCGACCGAGCUGCUGGACAUGAAUCUUUACGAGUUCAUCAAAGCGAACUCCUUCCGUGGCUUCUCCCUGAGACUCAUCCGCAGAUUUACCAAACAGAUGCUGAGCUCGCUGGUGCUCUUGCAGCAGAAGAAGGUCAUCCACUGUGACUUGAAACCAGAAAACAUCCUCAUUCGUCAUCCUAUGCAUACCGAAAUCAAGGUCAUCGAUUUUGGGUCCAGUUGCUUUGAAAGCGAAAAGGUCUACACGUAUAUCCAGUCAAGAUUCUACCGGUCGCCAGAGGUCAUCCUUGGCAUGAACUACGGCCUGCCCAUCGACAUGUGGAGUCUGGGUUGUAUCCUUGCGGAGCUGUUCACUGGCGUGCCAAUUUUCCCGGGCGAGAACGAGCAGGAACAGCUUGCAUGCAUCAUGGAGGUCUUUGGGCCACCCGAGAAGCAUCUGAUCGAGAAGAGCACCAGAAAGAAGCUCUUCUUUGACUCUAUGGGCAAGCCCCGCCUUACCGUAUCGUCAAAGGGCAGGAGGCGGCGACCUUCUUCGAAGACUCUGCAACAAGCGAUCAAGUGCGAUGAUGAGGCUUUCAUUGACUUCCUGGCUCGUUGCCUCCGUUGGGAUCCAGAUCGCCGGUUAAAACCGGAUGAGGCGAUCCACCACGAAUUCAUCACUGGCCGAAAAUCAUCUGUACCUCCUCCGAGGGUUUCAGCGCGGGACGCGUCGCCCAUCAAGCGCCACAACACGAUAUCUACACCUCGCCCACUACCCGAACCACCGGCCGCCGCCAAGUCAAACACGAUCCUGCGCCCGCGAGACACGUCCGCUCCUAUCAGUCCCCACAAACCCGUAUCUGGCAGCACAAGAAGGACAUCAGCUGUCACUGGCACUCUCGGAGGCUCACUCACAAAGCGCACGAGCACUGGCACUGGUGCCAUUGCGCCUGCUGCUACAGGUAGUGGGCUGCCGCGCGUCACGGGGAGGACUGCUAGCGGCAAACAGGAUCUUGCUUCCGCCAGUGCAACUGUGGCCAUGAGCCGCCGCGCAUAGAACCGUUGAGAAUCCUCAAAGAGUCAUUUCAAGCUAUGACAAUCAGCAACAAACAACUGGAACAUGCCAGUGUUGCUCCGUCAAACUGGGG